AUGCGGCGCGCCACGGUGGGUCCCGGGGCGAAAGACGGCCCCCUGUUCCCGAGCGCUCGCGCCGCGGCGGGGAGCAGCAGUCGCGGCCGCAACGGCGGCCUUUUCUCGUCUUCCUCGUCCUCCUCGGGCGACUCGGACGCGUCCGACAACGAGAAUGACGGUGGGCAGAGGGUGGGCGCGAUGCCGCCGAUGCUGGGGGCUGCGAGCCGCAGCCGCUCGUCCAACGCGCAGUCAAUGGGAGACCUCCGACGCCGCACAAUGUUCUCGACGUCCGCGACGUCGCUCAGCUCGUCUGUCGGUGCCGGGGACAAUGGAGGACACUUAGGCGAGAGAAAGGGACUGUUCGAGAACGACGACGACGCUGGGGACUCACUCGAGACGUUCCACGAGCGCGUGAAGCUCCGCCAGAGCAAGAAGCAGUCGGAGAUGAAGGCGCUGACAGCGCAGCUGGAGACGGCCCAGAAGCGCGCCGAGGAGCUGGAGGCAAAGCUCAGUGAGGCAAACAAGGAGAAGGAGGAGUACGCGAUCCGCACGAAGGAGUGUCAGCGGAUCAUCGAGAAGCGCAACAAGCAGCUGAUGAAGGCCAGCGAGAAGAUGGCGAGACACUCGGAGCAGUUCGAGCUGCAGUCGGCCGAGAUGCAGACGAAGUUGGUGGCGCUGACGGCGCAAUGUGAACAGCUACGCGCGGACGCUGCCACGUCGGAGGAACUUGCACGGCGAGAGCGGGAGCUGAAGGAGCACGAGCUGCAACGUGAAAUGGAGACGCAGAAAAAGCGGCACGAAAAAAUGCUGCAGGCUGCGGAGGCGCAGAUCCAGGAAAAGCAAGCUGAAAAUGCAGCGCUGGUGAAGAAGUUGCGCGAAGUGGAACAGCAGUUGACAGCUACGGCUCACCAGAAGCCGACUUCAGUACAAGUGGUCGCUAGCGAUGAUUAUCAGACUCUGCUGAAGCGGUGCGAAGAUGCAGAGGCCAUCAGCCGCGGACUUAAUUUCCAGCUGGAGAAGGAACAGCAGGAGAAAAAGUAUCUUCGCAAGCAGCUGACCGCGCUUCAAGCAACGAUAGGCGCUACUGCAGCGGCGGCUACUGCGGCGUCGGUUGGGUUUUUCCCCGACGCAUCGGAAGGGAAAGACGAAGCUGCUUACCCCAGGGAUAGCAUCGCGACUGUGACUGCCGACGCUGAGCUCGCAAGCUUUGAUUUUACAGCUGGUAAAAGCUCAUCUCCGUCCAGUCCAACUGCAGCUGCACCAGCACCAGCGCCAAGCGUUGCUGGAGCGACGUCCCCUACGAGCGGAGCAUCCAGUCCAAGUCGAAGCCGCGGCCGCUCGCGAGGUUUUUCGGCGUCGAGCUUCACGGAUGAUAACCCGAAGCCGUCGAUGAGAGAAGGCAAACGCCGUGCUGCAUCAGCGCAGACAAUCAAGAUCUCACCAGAGCCCCCUGAAAAACCGGUAGACGACAAGACUGCUGCGGGGACCGGUAAAGCUAUUGGUACGUCAGUGACUUUCUUCGAGAAGCUUUCGUCAAGAUUCAAGCGGGGGUCUUCUCCAAGAAACGGUUUGAACAUUACGAAGUCUGAAGACGAUGGCACGGACGGCGCAGCGACAGGUGAAGCUGGAUUCGCGUCACCACUCCCUCCGCGCCAAGGAUUUGCACACAGCAAGGUGUUGAAGGAACGCCCUCGCAUGUACGUGGCCAAGUCCCCAUCUCACCAUGAAGACGAGUCCAGUGAUAGCAUAUUUGGUAGUGAGUCAUCUUCAAGUGACUCGUCGGAUGACGACGAGAUGCCGCCGCCACCGCCUCCUCCACCAGUUGCUGUGCACGAGGUUCAUGUGCCACUUGCAGCUGUCCCUCCUGUUCCCGUGGAUAUUCCUUCGCAGCUGAUUCAUUCCGAUGCAGGUGCUGAUGCGGACUCGAGCAGCUUAAGUGAAUCAGACGAUGAUGACGAUGAAAGUCAUGAGUGGCAUGAGGCAUCGGACAAACCGACACAAUUACCAACUCGAUUUGCAGAUCCGUCGAAGAAGCGGGGGCAGGCAUCGAAUACAAUCGGAGCUCACAGUGGUAUGUCAUCAUCGUCUUCUUCGUCUUCAGAGGAUGAUUCUGACGAGCCUGACGUCGAAAAGAGCCAAGCACCGAAUCUGGAUAUCAAGAAGGUGGAACGUCUAUCGGAGUCGUCGUCGGUGUCAUCGCUGUCGUCCGACUCGCCUUCCUCGGAUGAAGACGAUAACGCGGUGGUCGGUAAAAUCAAAACGGAAGUGCACCAAAAAGUUCGGAAGGCCAGUUUGGAUAAUCACGUAAAGCGCUCGUCACGCUCUCCUACAUCGUCCAAGACCCGAGAAAAGCGGCGAAGUAUGAGUGGAGGCGACAAUUUACACAGUACGAGUAAAAGAGAGCGUGAGCGCAAGCGUAAGCAGCAGCAGGCGCGGCGCAACGGAAGAAGACGACCGGCAAGCAUGAAGACUGUCCGUGUUUCGCAGAUGCGGCAGCAAAUGAACAGCAAACAGCAGCAGAAGGAGCAGAAGGAGCCGCAGGUUUCUCCACCAGCUCAUCCUACUGAUCCCCCACGGCCCCAUGGCGAUGACAACAUCGAUGCUGAUGGUCCACCAUCUCGUUAUCCCCGGCGUGAAAGUAAAACGUCAGAAAGUGAGGCAGAGGAUGACAAUUCCGAGAUGCUGCCAUUGCCUCCUGAACCUACCGUAGCUGACACGGAGCUGUAUCUCCGCCAACAAGCGCGCUUGCGCGAGCGACACGAAUUAGAGAUGAAGAAGAAAUUAGAGGCUGAUGAAGCAGAUGCAGUCCGAGGAGAUAUACACCGGCGAGUGGAGAUGUGGGCGUUUGGCAAAGAACUCCUGCACAUGAUUCUGACCUUGGACCAGAUUUCUUCCAACGAUGCGCUCAAGAAGUGUCAACUGAUGGUCGUUCAGUCCCCGGACGAUGAUACAGUGCGCAAGGCCUACCGGAAUAUUAUUCGAGUCGUUCACCCCGACAAACUCCGUGGCGCUACGAUUCCGGAGCAGCUGGAGGCGAAGGAGCUGUUUACUGUGCUGAACCAAGCCUUUGAAAAGUUCAAGAACUAG